AUGGAUGAGAAGUAUGAUGUUAUAGUUCUUGGGACGGGUUUAAAAGAAUGCAUACUCAGCAGUUUGAUGUCAAUGGAAGGGAAGAAAGUACUCCAUGUCGACAGGAACAGUUAUUAUGGCGGUGAUACCACAUCUAUAACACCUAUUGAUUUGUUAUUUGAAAAGUUCAAAAUCAAAGGUGACACCAGUAAAUUUCAGCGUGGUAAAGACUGGAAUGUUGAUUUGAUUUCCAAGUUUUUGAUGGCUAAUGGGAAACUGGUAAAAAUCCUUGUUCACACUGGUGUGACACGAUAUUUGGAAUUUAGAAGUGUGGAAGGCAGUUAUGUUUAUCAAGCGGGGUGUAUUCAUAAAGUCCCAUGUAACGAAAGUGAAGCUCUCACCACAAAACUUAUGGAUCUGUUUAAAAAGCGCCGAUUUAGAAAAUUCUUGGUUUGGGUAAUGAAUGUAGAUGUGACCAAACCUUCUACCUGGAAUAACAUUUAUUCUUCACCAAUGAACAUUAACGAAAACAAUAUUUCGCACGCAUUCAGUCAUUUCAAUAUUGAUGAGGAAACACAGAAUUUUAUUGGGCAUGCUAUUUGUUUGUUCCAAGAUGAUUCAUACAAGGAAAACAUGUCUGCUGCUGAGGUGAUAAGUCGUAUACAACUUUACAGUCAAUCAGUUUGUCGAUUCGGCAAAUCUCCUUAUCUUUAUCCCCUUUACGGACUGGGUGAAUUGCCUCAAGCUUUUGCUCGUCUUUGUGCCGUUUAUGGUGGUACUUACAUGCUGGAUAAACCAAUUGAUGAACUAGUAAUGGAAAAAGGAAAAGUUGUUGGAGUUAAAUCGGGUAACGAAAUUGCCCAGUGUGAUAUGGUUAUUUGUGAUCCAAGUUAUGUGCCUAAUAUGGUAAAAAAAGUUGGUCAGGUUGUACGUGCUAUCUGCAUCUUAGUACAUCCGAUCUCAGGUGUGCACAAUUCUUUGUCAACUCAGAUCAUUAUUCCUCAGAGUGAAGUUGGUCGUAAACAUGAUAUCUACAUUUCUUGUGUCUCCCAUCCACAUAAUACCUGUCCUGAAGGUUUCUUUUUGGCUCAUGUUGCAACCAUCGCCGAAACAGACGAACCAGAGAAAGAGCUUGGGCCUGGUUUGAAAGUUCUUGGAACAAUUGAGCAAGUAUUUUAUUCCACACAGGAUCUGUUUAUGCCAAUUGAUGAUGGGCGUGAAUCUAAGUACAUAGGGUCUUUCCUUGUCUCAGGCAAAGGUCAUAAUGAACGGGCGGAGAUUGUUCGCCAAAAGUUAGAAGCAGCUCGUAAAUAUACUCAUAGUAAACCAAUCGCGCUGGUAAUAUCCUUAAGCGGGGUCAAGGUUUGUCAUGAGAACAAUGAACGUGUUUACAUGGCCCAUGCACUUCGUCGCAUUUCAUACGCUACUUGUGACCCCGAAAAUCUUCAGUUUGCGUUCCUUGCCAGAGAACCAAAAGCACAGCCUAAUAUUCAGUACUGUCAUGCUUUUGUUACUGCUACGCCUGAAGCGGCGGAGGAACUAAACACAAUAAUGGGAGAAGCAUUUCGCUUGGCCUAUGCACAGCAGCGCCUUAAUGCAGCAUCUAACAACCUUGUUUCAUUCCAGUCACCCAGUAAACAUAUGUCAGCGUCUCAGGUUCAACAAACACCGAUAAGUGUCAUGUGUUCUAUUCCAAUAAGCCAAGAUGUGUCAGUGGGCAUAAAUUCUUCAAGCCAAACUUCUCAAACUGCCAAUAUGGAUCAUAGUAACCAUGCUCAGUUAAGUGUAUCCAGUAAACCUCUACCACCCUUACCGGAAAUCGAUCAACCCACAUCAAGUAAUAAAACUGAUAUUUCUGUCCCAUGUGAAGCGGACAACAUUCCACAAAACGUCGCUAUCGCCACUGAUAAGCAACGAGGAAGUAAGCUCCACAAACAUAAACAUCACAAGCAUCAUCAUCGCCAUAAGUUACGAGAUGCGACAACAAGUACUUGUGAUCAAGUAAUUAGUUUUAAUGAUUCUGCUUUACUCACUUCACAGAAAAGCAGUGAAACGGAAGGGUUUUUAGGGAAAACAGAACAGUCUAAACCUCCUCCUCCACCACGCAGUCAGUCAUCUGUAACUCCAUCAUCUCAGUGUCCAAUUCAAGGUGCUGUAUCCCUAUCAGCACCUGAAAAUCAUAUGAAUCAGGAUCCUAACGUCGAGAAUUCUGUUGUGAAACGUCAUGAUAGAUUACCUGAAACAGGAAUAGACAAGACUACGCAUAAGAAUGCUGAGAAACAUAACGACGUUCCACCUUUGAAACCUAAAUCUGUCAGUGCUCAAUUAUCACAAAACUUUUAUGAUAUGGCUGAUCAUCGGAGUUGCGGUGGUAUUUUAUUCAACAAGGAGACUCUCAGUCCUGAGAAAGAUAUUCAAGAAAGUAACUGUGAGUUUACCGCUGAUGGUGUGCUUGCCAGCACAUCUACAGCAACUACAACGUCUUCAUCAACCACUGGAUGCUCAACUGCUACAUCCGGUUCAGGUUGUCUAGGUUCUGGUUCUGAUAGCAGUUUGCCUGCUGGCAGGCGUUGUACUUGUGGCCCAAGUUGCUCAAAUGGCGAACAUAGUUGUACAGCGGUCAAUAUCAGUCCACAUCCUGGAGACGGUAGCAGGUUACCAAAACCCAGUGAACAUCACUUACCUGUGCCUCUAACAUCUCCAUGCUCUACCCCAAACUUUUCUCCACACAACGUUGUAGACGAUGUCAAUGAAUUGUCUCAUGCAUCUUGGUAUUUACCGAACUUGCCUCGUGAAAAAGCUUUAGAAAUGCUUGCUAGGCAGCCUCCUGGCAGUUUUGUCGUUCGGGAUAGUGGAAGUCAUCCAAAUAGUUAUGCGUUGUCGGUACGUUCCAGCAGUGAGCAUAUGAUCGGUAGUUGUUUCCAUUCUAGACAAUCACACCUACCAUUAAGUCAACUAAAAGACACAGUUUCUUCACUAGGAUCAGUCUAUCCAUCGUCUGCAAGUGGAAUAACUCAUUUUCUUAUUCAGAGAACACCUGGAGGUGGUGUCAAGCUUAAAGGACUAGAAAAAGAAUGGCCAUCUCUUGCCUGUCUUGUAUUGCACUUAACUGUGAUGCCUGAAAUGCUUCCUUGUCCACUCAGGCUUCCACGAGCAGCUGCAAAUCCUACUUUCUCACCUAUAGAUCAUUGUGGUCAUGGGGAUUUUGAGAAACCUCCUGAUGUUACACCAUCUCAUUUUCGUCCAAUGUGCAACGCCUUACAACGUGGAGCGGAUACAAUUUCACUAGAUGAAGCUUUAGCCCGUAUGACAGAUGAAGACGAAGAUUAUCAACGACUCUCUGAUUUCUCUUCGAUUAUGGCUGAUUUAAAACUGCAGCCUAAAAGCAUAAUCAGAAAAAUAAAGUUUCAUCUUCUAAAUCCGGUGGUCGAGGAAGAUAGAUUUUUACUUUGUUGUUGUUCUACAACUUUAUUAUUAAUCACUUCAACUGUUACCGGUACUGCAACUACCUAUUCACAAUCGAAUAUUGUAUUUACUUUUCACUUUUGUAGAGUUUCUCCUUUUUUCUGUUCUCUUCGCUACUAUAAUACAUACUACCUCUAUGAAAAUUAA